GUACAUGUAGGCCUACAUGUAGGCUAUCCUGCACACAUCAUACCAUCGCCGCCCUUCUAUAUGAGGUGACAUUGCAGAAAUCGCGAUCUACACAGACUUUCAGUAUACCGGUAAUAACGAUCCUCAACUGAAUCAUGGGAUGGAAAAUAGCGGCCACCGUACUCCUGCUAGGCCUUGGCAUCGCCUACAUGAGUGGCCUCUUCAGUUCACCACCCAAACCACCAGAGGUCGGUGAUGGCUGGUGGGGACGAGGUGACAAACCUGAGAAGGAGGAAGACAAGUCGGUCAAGAAAUUCAACAUCCAUUUUCCGGACAAAGAUCUAGCGGAUUUGAAAGAGCGUCUCAGGAAAACCCGAUGGUUCGAGAGUGUGGAAGACACCAAGUUCAACUAUGGCAUGAAGCCCGAGCACAUGAAGCCCAUUGUCGAUUACUGGCUGAACAAAUACGAUUGGCGCAAGAAGGAAAAGGAACUUAACCAGUACCAGAGUUUCAAAACGAAGAUCGAGGGAAUCGACAUUCACUUUGUGCGAGUCGUGCCUCGAUUGAAGCCUGGACAGAAAGCCAAACCCAUCAUGAUGGUUCACGGUUGGCCGAGCUCGUUCUACGAUUUCUACAAGAUGAUCCCUAUGUUGACCGACCCCACUCAUCACGGUGGGAACGAGGAUGAUAUAUUCGAGGUUAUCCUUCCUUCUCUGCCCGGCUAUGGUUUCUCCGAGGCUGCUCACAAGCCAGGCCUGGAUUCCAGGGACGCUGGCCGAAUAUUACACAAGUUAAUGACCCGCCUGGGGUUCGACAGCUACUACGUGCAGGGAGGUGAUUUUGGAGCUAUUGUGGUGGACCAGAUGUCGGGAAUAGUCCCAAGCCACGUCCGCGGCGUCCAUAUGAACAUGAUAGCCAUCCCGCCGCUAGUCAGUCAGAUGAUUCUUGCCAUUCUGUUCCCGUCUCUGGUGCUGGAGGACAAGGCGUACGGCAGGAUGCUACCGACCUGGGAAGCGAUCAAGGAUUAUCUUAGGGAGACGGGUUACCUGCACAUACAGUCGACCAAGCCUGACACAAUUGGUCACGCACUGACCGACUCCCCAGUCGGCCUCGCCGCUUACAUCCUGGAGAAGUACUACAGCUCUUCCCAUUACGACCGGCUUGACGUGGACGACAGAGAGCUGAGCGCUCAUUGGUCCACCUCAUGGGACUACCUGCUGACUAACGUCAUGAUCUAUUGGGUAUCUGGCAGCAUGACGUCAUCCAUGCGCUUUUACAAGGAAACCAUGCCCAAAGCCCUAGAACUAGCAAACUUCUUAAACACCGUACCGGCAGGAUUGGCAGACCUGCCCCGAGAGUACUUACGCUGCCAGAAGAACUGGGCGUCCACUCACUUCACGGACAUCGUCUCCUACACGACGUACUCCGCGGGCGGCCACUUCGUGGCUCUCGAGGUGCCCGAACUACUGGCCAAGGACCUCCGACAAUUCACGCAGAAGGUGGAGCAGCGUCUGGUGAAGAAAAAGGAAUAAACUGAGCUGAAAAUUAGUCAGAUAUCACGAUCAGGGCUAAAUGCAUAUUCCGUUCUCAAAACAGCGAAUGUGUAUACAAACCAAAUUGCAUGUCUCCAGCCAGUUCUGCGAUCAACAAGUACUUUGGAAUGCCAACUCUUUCUUUAUAGCCAGUGCUGGAAACCGUGUUUCAGUUUCUUCCAUCUUGACGCCGUCUCAGAUGCCGUCCUUAAAAACUAACGGGAGGUUCUCAUUCAUUGCAGUGGCUAGUAGACUUAAAUAAUUGGUACUUGUAUUUUCAAAGGUCCAUCAUUUUAUUGUCAUCUAGUCUCAUUUUAUUUGCCAUCAAAGAACAGAAGGAAGUUGUCAUUGUUCCAGUUGUCAUUAAUUUUAUUCGCUGCUAGCUAUCCAUAUUUUAAAAGGUCCAUCAUUGCUUUUGUCAUUUUUAUUUGUCAUGGUGUGUACAUUCAUCAUCGUAUUUAUAGCAUGAAGACUAGCUUUAGAGAAGUUUUCAAUUUUAAAUCAAAGAUAAGUUCAUAUACAGUUUGUAAUAAUAUUGUUUAAAACUUAAUUGUUUAAAACCGUUGGACUUGUAAUUACUGAUAGUGUAUUGUUUAUAUAGUGAGCUGUCCAACAAUAAUGUAAUUGCCCUUUUUAAGGAUAAUUAACGUAUUUUGAAUUUAAUUGAAUUGAUUAUAAAGGCUUAGCGCAUGCGCAGUUGAAAACUGCGUCACAUGCGCAUAUAGCCCAAUAGUUGUGCAACGGGGGUGCGUACAGGUAGCUUUGGUUCGGUCAAGAUCAGCCAAAACACUAGAGGGCGCUACAACAAACUUAGGCUGCAUUUCAAAUAAUGUUGAUUCUGAAAUAUGAUUCCAUCGGCGGAAUUUUCAGACAGAUGUUAUGCACUCUGAAUAUUUCCUAAUCGGUGUUUUAUUGUUUUGAUCAACUUUAAGAGAACAUUCCAAGUGACUCUUAAAACUGACAAUUUUUGAAGAAAAAAAAAACAUAAAGGUGUGUAAAUAUAUAAAUCAAAUAAUUUAUAGAAAUAUGCAACAAUAAUCAUGUUUAGCUUUAAAACGUGGGAAGAGUGUUCCGCAUUUGUUUGCCUUUUAUUAGUUAGAGUUCCGCUUACAUCUUUAGAAUACAUAAUGUAUGUGGAACACACAUCAACUGUUUUGUUUUAGAUUUAAGACCAACAAAUAUUAAUAACUUUUUUUCAAGUACUUUUUUAUAUACAUGCAUGAAAUGAGGCAACUAAAAAUGCAAAGCAUAAUCAGAAAAAUAGCAAAUCAUAAAUCAGAAAAUGUUUAAUCUUUCCCGAUGGUCCUACAGCGUACUAGAACCACUAACCACGUCUAUAUAUGUUGUAAAUUAUUCAUUUUUAACAAAUCUUCAUGGUGUCCAAAAUGCAAUGCACGUUUCCAGCAAGAAACAUUUUGUUUGAAGUAGAGAAUUGCGACUGAAUAAUAAAUGUUUGCUCAUUUUUCGCCGUC